UCAUGCUGCUGCCAAGUCUAGAGUCUCUCAUGGGUCCCUGUACGGCCUCCCAUUGCUGCUGUCUCCAUCGCCACACUCUGCUGCCAUGUGCCACUUUCAGGUCUCUUCACACUGCUGGUGUGUUAAAUUUUUUGACAUAGGGUGCAGGCAGAUUACGGGCCUCACAUAGCUGCUGCCAGGCCCCUAAUCUGCCAUGGGCCCCUAUAUACCGCCUCCUCAUGCUGCUGCCAAGUCCAGAGUCUCUCAUGGGUCCCUGUACGGCCUCCCAUUGCUGCUGUCUCCAUCGCCACACUCUGCUGCCAUGUGCCACUUUCAGGUCUCUUCACACUGCUGGUGUGUUAAAUUUUUUGAC